GACUUUACUCCACUCCCAGCUCUGGGUUAGCCGCGCCAUAUGCUAAGUAUCUAACGGCAACACCAACAACCUGUCAAACCCCUCCCAAGUGUCAAACAAAGUCAUUUCACUGGCGAGGUCAUGUUUCGAAACUGAUGUAGUAACACUGGCAGCCGACGCUCUCCCGUAUCUCUGGUAGGUUGUUGUUGUUGUUUAAUAGUUUCUGUGGCUAACAGGCUAACCAGAGGAUACCCAGUUAGCCAUAGUCCGCCUCUGACACGAACCGGGGUCGAUGUUUUCGCAUGGAGGAUUUGUACAGUUGUUAGUGAAGAGGAUUUACAGGAGGGCGAGUACAGAUCAGUGGGGGUGCGCGCUCGGUUACUUCACCAUGGGGAACAACUGCAGCCAGCUCGGGAUCCCUCCAGGCAAGGGCCCCAAUCCUGUGGGAUGCACCGACUUCAUGAUGGACCACACCACACGGGGCACCUUCUUCCGGCUCUUCUAUCCUUGUCAAGAGACUGAGAAAGCAGAAAAACCUGACUGGGUCCCAUGCAAGGAGUAUUUCAACGGCCUGGCAGACUUCAUGAAGGUCAACAGGACUCUCAGUGAAAAGAUUUUCAACUACCUCUUUGGGUCCUUUAAGGUCCCAGCCUACUUGGAUGCUCCAUUCAAGUCAAAUGAAAAAUGUCCUGUCAUUAUCUUCUCGCAUGGCCUGGGAGCCUUUAGGACUUUGUAUUCGGCCAUAUGUGCAGAGCUGGCCUCUCAGGGCUUCAUCGUGGCAUCUGUGGAACACAGAGACGAGUCAGCAUCGGCUACGUUUUAUUUUCGAGAGGAGAUGUCAUCACAGGCGGUAAAGGACAAUGUCCCUAAAGCAUCGGCCCGAGACGGCUUGGUGAGGGAGUGGAUGUACUACAGAGCUCUGCAGCCCGGAGAGAGUGAAUUCACCCUCAGAAAUAAACAGGUGAAGCAGCGAGCAGAUGAAUGCAUUCUGGCUCUGGACAAACUCACUGAAAUCAACUCAGGGAUAGAAGUGCACAAUGUUCUGCAAUCGCAGUUUGACUGGACCACGCUGGAGAAUUCCAUGGAUCUGUGUAGGAUAGCGGCGGUCGGACAUUCCUUCGGGGGAGCGACAGUGAUCGAGACUCUGUGCAAAGACGUUAAAUUCAAGUGCGGCGUAGCGCUGGACGCCUGGAUGUUUCCUUUAGAUGAAGAAAUCUUUCCUCGAGUGAGGCAGCCGCUUUUCUUCAUCAACUCGGAGAAAUUCCAGUGGGCGGGGAACAUCAGCCGCAUGAAGAAGCUGGACUCAGCCGUCAUCCAGAGGAAGAUGAUCACUAUCAGAGGCACCGUCCACCAGAGUUUCCCCGACUUCACCUUCCUGACGGGAAACUGGAUCGGUAAACUGUUGAACCUGAAGGGAGAGAUCGACCCAGAGAUCGCCAUAGACCUCUCCAACAAAGCAACACUAGCCUUUCUGCAACGCCAUCUCGGUCUACAGAAGAACUUUAAUCAGUGGGACCCUCUGAUUGACGGGGCGGAUGAAAACCUCAUUCAAGGAACUAAUAUCACCCUGCUUCAGUCUUCCAUCUGACCUUGCCACUGUGCCUCAUAUACUAAAGGGGAACCCAGGUGCUCAACUGUGGAUCGCUCCCAAGCUGUCCAGAACAUUUGAGUCUCAAAUGGACUCAGUGCCAACAUUUUGGAGAUCAAUGAAGGGGAAAGGGGAUCUCUACCUCAUCAGCAGGAAAGGUUUGUUUUCCUUGAAAGAUCAAAACACUCUGUGUAUCAGUGUUUGUUUCAUGACGCCUGGAUGUUGUGCACAUGCACCUCAACACUUAAGUUGGGGAAAACUUUAUUAAUCCAUUACCAGCAAUUUCCUGGAGAAGUCAUUUUAAUCAUUGUUAAUCUUUGAGUGUAAAGAGAUCAAACCUGAGAGACAUAUUGUUAAUCAGCAUCUGUGUGAACACAGGAUCUUCCAGCAGAUCUUCCAGGAGCUACUCUGAUUGCUGUGUGAAUGUGAUGAGGCCUAACAUGAGAAUCCUAUGAGAUGGAGAAAAAAUAAAGCGUUAUAAGCGUUACUAAAUGUAUCCAUCUUGAUUUGACAGAUUAAAACAUUAGAAGUGUACAAACACUAAAAGGCUGCAUUUAAAAACCAUGUGUGCCAGAAAAGUACUGUCCAAUGAAAUGUAACAGCCUUCUACUUUUAUACAAUCAUUGUCUAAAUUUGUGUAUAAGACAAAUCCAAUAAAUAUGGUUUGUAUAUCACAAAGUAAUCUCAAA